AUGAACGACAUGUUUCCACAGACCAAGGCCCACAUUAUUGACUACUUUUGCCGCGUCGAUGAAGGUGCGUGGUCCAAGGAUAAGAAGGAUGCCUUUGGGCUCUGCAUGUGCAUUUGCGGCUGCGAUACGGAUGCGCAUGUGGCUUGUGGGUGCAGAAAGCCCCCCAACACCUUGGCCUCAACGAGUCUAGUCUCCAUUUGCCUGCCCGCAGGCUUCCUUUGGCUCGGGCUUCCUGUGCAUUGUUCCUUCUGCAGGAAUACUUUCUCUGCAUUUCUCGGGCCCUGCCAGAUGCCUGAGAGUUGA